AUGACGCAACACCCAAUUGCUACUUUGAACGAAGAACUCAUCCCUCGUCUGCCUCCCUCCUCCCCGACCCUCUUCGAAGCAAAGAAGAAGAAGAACCUCUCUUUCGAAGCUAUCGCAAAGCACGUCGGACGCGAUGAAGUAGCAAUUGCCGCUCUCUUUUACGGUCAAGCCAUGGCAUCCGCCGAGGACAUCAAGAAGCUGUCUGAAAUUCUAGAGAUUGACGCUGGGCUGAUCGAAUCGCUUGGAGGCUUCCCUAACCGAGGCAGCACGCUCGACAUGCCACCAAAGGACCCGACCAUCUACCGCCUAUACGAGAUUGUACAGAACUACGGACAGGCGUACAAGGCGGUUAUGCACGAGAAGUUCGGUGACGGCAUCAUGAGUGCCAUUUCCUUCAGCACCAAAGUAGAGAAGGAGACGGAUGACAAGGGCGAGUGGGCCAAGAUCACGCUGAGGGGCAAAUGGCUACCAUACUCGCGAUUUUAUUUGUCCGCACGCGCAGUAGAAACGAGUCAAGCUCGUACCUCCAAGAACCACCCCCACGAACUCACAAGAGUCGAUCACGACCACGAAGCCAAGAUGCCAGCCACACUUGAGCCAAUCCGACGCGUCAAGUGUACUUACAAAGACUGCAACAUGUCUUUCGAGACGGAGAAGAUCAUGAAGAAUCAUAAGAAGAACACUGAUGAACACGAGUACUGUCACAAGUGUGACGAAGACUUCGAUACCUUCGAGGACUACGCCAUGCACAAGAUCACGCGUCCAGAAGAGCACAACCUGGCAUGCCGUGUCUGCGGUGACGAGUUCAAGAGCAAGUCAGGCCUGAAGCGCCACAUCGAGCUCAACCACAGAGUCGACCAGAAGCUCACCUGCAUCGGCUGCCAGAAGUCGUUCUACCGCGCAUGCCUCUUCAUCGAGCAUCUUGAGUUCGGCCACUGCGACGUCAUUCCAGCACAGCAGUUCCAAGGCCAUAUCGUCCACAAACAUUUGAUUGCGGAUUUGUUGGACGGCGGCGAGCAAUACCUUCGUUUUCUGCAGAAGACAUCCAAGUACGAGGCAGCCAUUGACAAUGAUGAUCCGACUGGAGUCGACCUCACUGAUGAUCAUUUCGGCGCCGAGCAUGAGAUCGAAGAGGUCAAGUACGAGGCGAUCAAGCCCGAUAAACCCGAACACGAGGAUGUUCCAGUCUUCUACGGCCGGUAUCCUCCUCUUCCCUCUCAAGCCAAAUCCAUUCCGGACGUGGACGCGGCAAUCGCACCGAUGAUGAGUGGAAUCUCUCUUAACGGAGAUGUCGACAAUGACUCCGAUUGUUCAACAGCCGUCGGAUCUCCUGUCGUCACUGGCUAUCCUGCACGUACUAGUUCUCAUCUCGGACACUCUCAUCAAGGCCAAAGUUGCUCUUCUGCACAUGGCGAUUCCGCGGCUCAGAGCUCAAACACCCAGUCCUCCAGUCGCCAGACCAAGAUCUGGGGCUCUCGCAAGGGCAAGACAACGAGCUCAGUACUAUUCCCCAACGCCAAGCCCAAGGCCCCUCCCAGCGACUUCUCCAUCUCCGCCCACGACGAGAUCAUGGAAAAGGAACACGGUCGCAACAUCUUCAGCUUUCGGUUCUGGGAUCCCAUGAGCGACGACUGGAAUCCCGAGCGCUUCUGGGACCCCAUCGUCAACAAGUACUACUGUCCCUUCAUCUGCGAACAGUCUUUCCCCAUAUCCAGCGACCUCCACACGCACAUUCUCGGCGACCAUCGCAUAACCCGCAUGAAAUGCCCAAAGUGCCUCAAAUACUUCAAGUCCGCCACCGCGCUAAUGGCGCACUGCGAGUCGCGCGGAGCCCGUUGCAACAUCAACCAGACGGACAACUUCAACAACUUCCUCGACCGCAUGUCUGGAGGCUUCCUGGGUGUCAAUGAGAAGAUUCGGCCUGAUCACCUUAAUACGCGUUCUGUUAUGAUACAGAACUCGGAGACGGGCCAUAUGGAGCUGUACAAGCCGCCGGUUGCGAGCUAUCUCCAGUAUGAGGUUACGACGCCCCCGGAUUGGAAGGAACCGGUUAGGCAGGGUGUGACGAUUGGGGGCAUGGGCGGGGGAUCGCGGUGGUGA